UUUCACCCCUCCCUCUCACUCUCUCUCUUUCCUCCCUCCUUCUAGUCGUUCUCCUCCUCAGUCUCCACACACACACACACACACACACUUCUCAACACAGGCGGCGUGUGCUUGCAUUGCAGCUCACAGCACACAGAUGGAUGGAGCUAGCGUGUGUGUGUGAGAGAGAGUGAGGAAGCCGGGAGUGAGCCGUAGCUGGCUGACUGGCUGACUGGCUGUGUAGACACAGGGGAGAGUGUCACCAUAUCAGGCUGGGUGUGGAGAACUCUCUCUGGGGUAGGGAGACCACAGGACCAGGGUUCUCCCAGGGCUCUAUAGCAGCUGCAGCAGGUGGACAGCUAGGCGGAUGGGCCAAUGGGUGGCUGAGGGAAGGCAUGCAGCAGUAACCACGGCAACAGUGGUACCGGCUGUAAGGGGCACAGGGACAUGCUGAGGAUGGGCACUCGGCCGCGGCAACCCCCGGACCUGCGGCAGCGGGAGGAGGGCAGGCUGCUGGCAGCGGUGGCUCUGGUGGAGCAGGAGGAGGAUGAGGAGGAAGACUCAGAGGAAGGCAGCAGUGGAAGCGGGGGCAGUGACAGCGCCAGCCGGGCAGAGGAAGGGGCCAAGGCCACCAAAGUCCCCACCUUCGAUGUCCCCUACUUCCGCUACAUAGACGAGGAAGAGUCAGAGGGAGAGGGGGAUGGAGAGGAGGUGUGCAGCAGCAGUCGCUCUCUGUCCUCCAUCGAGGACGACUCGUCCAGUGACAGUGUUGUCUCUGACAGGUACGUGGUGGUGUCAGGGACCCCAGAGAAGAUCCUAGAACACCUGCUGUCUGUCUUGAGGCUGGACAACCAUCGUGAUGACCAGGGGAGCACACAGCAGACCAAGGAGUCAGAGCCUCUCCUGGAUGACUUCCUGCUGACAUACCUGGUGUUCAUGUCAACCAGUGAUCUGUGUCAGGCUCUCCUGGGACACUAUUGUUCAAAGAGACACCACCGGGGGAAAGAGGAAGGGCAGGAGGUUCUGGACAGGAAACGGCAGGUCCUGCACCUGGUGACACAGUGGACAACACUGUACAGGGACUUCCUACGAGAAGAUGAGCAUGUUAAACUCUUCAUGAAGACAUUGUAUCGUUUCCUCCUGGAUGACCUGUAUGAGUAUCCAACUCUAGAGAAGGAGCAGAAGGACCUGCAGAAACUCCUGCGGCUGCAUCGCAGACAUACAGCGGAGGAGUAUUCACCCCACAGAAAGAGCAAAGCUCUUUCCCACCAACUGAGCCUGAAAGAGAACGGGCUCCCGACCAGAGGAACACAAAGGGAGACCAGGGAAGUGUUGUGUCAUGUGUACGUGAGCAUGGACUCAUAUCUGAGUGUGAGGAGCCUGGCCAGUGUUGUGGCCCAGGGGCUGCUGCAGGAGGUGGCUGAGAGACUGGAUGUCCCCCUGGAGGAGCUGGUCCUGCUGGCUGUCACCUACCCUGGAGAGAAACUCCUCCUGAAGCCUCAGGACAGGCUCUACUCUGAUUCGCUGACAGCAGUGGGGAGGCUGCACGUGUGCAGAAAGGACCUGAGUGAAGUCAUGAACCCGUUCACAGACAACGCAGAGCUACAACAGAGGUCAGCUCGCAUGCUGAGUAUGAACACAUGGGACGUGGCUGUCACCCUUACAAACUUUGACUGGAGUGUCUUCAACUCAAUACAUGAGCAAGAGCUGGUGUACUUCACGUUCAGCCGUCAUGCCAGCGGUGGCCACACGGUGGCGCUGGAGCUGCUGCUGCAGCGCUGCAAUGAGGUACAGCUGUGGGUGAUGACAGAAGUCCUGAUGUGUCCUACGCUCUGCAACAGAGUCCAGCUCAUCAAGAAGUUCAUCAAGAUCGCUGCCCACUGUAAAGCCCAGAGGAACCUCAACUCUUUCUUUGCCAUCGUUAUGGGUCUGAACACCGCAGCAGUUAGCCGCCUCAGUCAGACCUGGGAGAAAGUUCCAGGAAAAUUCAAAAAACUGUUUUUGGAGCUGGAGAUGUUGACAGACCCAUCUCUCAACCACAAAGCCUACAGGGACACUUUCAAGAAGACCAAGACGCCGAAGAUCCCUUUCCUUCCUCUGCUACUGAAAGAUAUUACUUUCAUUCACGAGGGCAACAAAACGUUUCUCGAUAACCUGGUCAAUUUUGAAAAGCUGCACAUGAUAGCCGACACGGUGCGUCUCAUCAGACACUGUCAGGAGGAUCACAUGGGGAACGGGAUGCCCCAGAAGAGCAGUCCGGAGGUACAGGCCUAUGUCGACUACCUUCACGUCAUUGACAAUCAGCAGACUCUGUUUGAACUGUCCCACAGACUGGAACCCCGUGUGUAGAUAGACCACACAUACACACUCUGAGCCUGCCUCCCUCCACCCCUCGAAGUCAGACCACCAAGGAGAAGGGUGCCAACUAGUCUCUGGAAACACCCCUCAGAACUCUGUUACCAACUUAGAGAAACAUGGGUUGGCCAACUCUACAGAGCCCAACUCUAACAGACACACACACACACACACACACACACACACACACACACACACACACACACACACACACACACACACACACACACACACACACACACACACACACACACACACACACACAGCAGGACUUUGAUGAGUUGAAUUAGGUGGGUUAAUGCAGGGCUGGAACAGAAGCCAGAGGAAUAGGGUUGGCCAGAGCCGACAGAGAGAUGACUGUGGUGCUGGCCAACCACAAGAUGGCGCCAAAAGACAUACUGGAAUACUGAGCAAUGAUGGAGCAGAGGUAACCAAAUAGCUUCUCAGUUUAACAAAUAGAUCUGGACCCGUAUUGAUCAAAGGAUCCCAGAGUAGGAGUGCUGAUCUAGGAUUAGUUUAGCCUUUUGGAUCAUAAUGAAUGGACAGGGACCUAGAUCAGCACUCCUACUCAGUGAUGUCCUGGGAGAUAAAUAGGUGGAUAAACUUGGAUCGCUGGUCGCAGUGAAAAAAGUAACGCUUCCUAUUCUUUCAAUGCAUUUUUCUGCAAAAGGUCGGUACAUUGUUGGGGCCCUCCCCCCAAAAAGGAGGGUACAUUGUUGGGGACCUCCCCCAAAAUGUGGGUACAUUGCGUUUACCCUCCACUACACCAAUGAUCGUACUCUGAGACGCUUUAUGAAUAUGGACCCUGCUUCAGUCACUCUGUAUUGACAGCUUCAGGUUGUUGUUAUCUGCUUCCAAACAGGUGACCACACCUUGACUAUCUAUCUACACACAAUGAAUGAAAGCAUCAACCUUCUGGGGACUUGACCACCAGGACACUACACUUGACAGACCUCCAGUGCUUGACCAGCACACACUAAACUGAUGUUAAGCUAAAUGGAUUUAAACAACAAUAUUGAAAAGUGUGUGUGUGUGUGUGUGUGUGUGUGUGUGUGUGUGUGUGUGUGUGUGUGUGUGUGUGUGUGUGUGUGUGUGUGUGUGUGUGUGUGUGUGUGUGUGUGUGUGUGUGUGUGUGUGUGUGUGUGUGUGUGUGUUGCAUAAAUGUCACUUCCAAAUACUGAAAAAAAUAUCAUUCAAAAUAGGCUCAAUUACUGAAAUUAUAUUUCUUUUAGAUGUAUUUUCUGAGUAAAGUGAGAGGUAAUAAAACCAUCCUCAUCAACAACAGAAGGGUUAUGUUACAGCUAUAGAUAAUGUAAUUAACCAUCCUCAACAGUAGAAGGGUUAUGUUACAGUUAUAGAUAAUGUAAUUAACCAACCUCAACAGCAGAAGGGUUAUGUUACAGUUAUAGAUAAUGCAAUUAACCAUCCUCAACAGUAGAAGGGUUUUGUUACAGUUAUAGAUAAUGUAAUUAACCAUCCUCAACAGCAGAAGAGUUAUGUUACAGUUAUAGAUAAUGUAAUUAACCAUCCUCAACAGUAGAAGGGUUUUGUUACAGUUAUAGAUAAUGUCAUUAACCAUCCUCAACAGUAGAAGGGUUAUGUUACAGUUAUAGAUAAUGUAAUUAACCAACCUCAACAGCAGAAGGGUUAUGUUACAAUUAUAGAUAAUGCAAUUAACCAUCCUCAACAGUAGAAGGGUUUUGUUACAGUUAUAGAUAAUGUAAUUAACCAUCCUCAACAGCAGAAGGGUUAUGUUACAGUUAUAGAUAAUGUAAUUAACCAUCCUCAACAGUAGAAGGGUUUUGUUACAGUUAUAGAUAAUGUAAUUAACCAUCCUCAACAGUAGAAGGGUUUUGUUACAGUUAUAGAUAAUGUAAUUAACCAUCCUCAACAGUAGAAGGGUUAUGUUACAGUUAUAGAUAAUGUAAUUAACCAUCCUCAACAGUAGAAGGGUUUUGUUACAGUUAUAGAUAAUGUAAUUAACCAUCCUCAACAGUAGAAGGGUUAUGUUACAGUUAUAGAUAAUGUAAUUAACCAUCCUCAACAGUAGAAGGGUUAUGUUAGUUAUAGAUAAUGUAAUUAACCAUCCUCAACAGUAGAAGGGUUAUGUUAGUUAUAGAUAAUGUAAUUAACCAUCCUCAACAGUAGAAGGGUUAUGUUACAGUUAUAGAUAAUGUAAUUAACCAUCCUCAACAGUAGAAGGGUUAUGUUACAGUUAUAUAUAAUGUAAUAAAACAUCCCCAACAGUAGAAGGAUUAUGUUACAGUUAUAGAUAAUGUAAUUAACCAUCCUCAACAGCAGAAGGAUUAUGUUACAGUUAUAGAUAAUGUAAUUAACCAUCCUCAACAGUAGUAGAAGGGUUAUGUCACACUUAUGGACUUAGCUGUGGACUUAGAUGUUUGGUCUUAGCUGUGGACAAUCAGAGCCGUAUCUUGAGGCAUCAGAUCCUUUGCCUGUCAUGUCUCUGUAUCUGGCACUAUAAAGACACAGCAAUACGCAGUCAACACUUUAGCCUUUCAACAUUCGUGUCCAGUUAAAAUGCCUUUGCCUCUUUCUUUCAGUGGCAGUAUUAGUUCAUCUCAUAGAAAUGGCUUCCCAACAUUGUAAUAAACUGUACAUGUAUCCCCCUGCAGGAUGUUCUAUCCUGUUCUAGAGAAUCCUCUUUGUGAGUGUUUCACUGGUUUUGAAAAGAGAUUAGACCAUGAUAUAGAGAUUCUUCAGUAGCACCAGCAGUUCUCCUGUUGUUGAUUCCCCUGAUAUGUAAUGUGUGUAUCACAGAGAUAGAACAGUUCUAUAUCCAUGGUGUGUAUGGUGUUGAGGCAGGUCAUGUACUAUAGAUUCCAUCUAUAUACUGUAGUAUGUUGUACAUUCCCUGGUUGGACAUGUAGAUUGGAUAAUUAUUUAUUAUUAUGAUAAUAGACUUAUUUAUUUGCUGGUUGUGCACUACUUUUGACCAGGUAGUGUACUAUGUAGGGAAUAGGGUAUAAUUUCUGUGUUUUUUACCUGCCGUGGGGUUCCAAUGGGUUAGGAACUGGUCUGCAUGAUGUGGUAAAGCCAUGGAUUGACCCCCAAGUAAAAUAUGCAUGUAACAAAAAGCAUUUCCUUGUGAAGUAGUUGUACUCUACAUGUCGCUGCAAUGCCCAAAUCAGCAUGUACUAACAAAUAUUAUUUCCAAAAGGGAAACAAAAGCAAUACAAAGUCACUGCUCUUCUCAUCACUCUUUUCUUUAUGCUUUUCAUUUUUUACAAUAAUUUUGAAAUGUUAAAUAAUAAAUGAAAUGUUUUGUUUUAUGAA